UUCUAAACUAGUAGAAUCGCAGGACAUAAAAAGUGGGAAGUUUCUUGUUGGUUUUUCUUCCUCACUCUCGAAUAGGUGAACUUGGUUCGUUCAAUUCUUAGGGAGAAGAAGGAUGGGAAUGAAUGGGAAGACUGGAGUAGUCUCUUCAUUAGCCGAAAGGAAUUAGUCCCCACUAGCCUCAUUCGAAGAACGAACAAGAAAAGGCUUACUGUUUAGGUAGGAUAGAUCGAUGUGGUCCAAUGGCUAAAGCUCUGCCAGCUUCUUGUAGACUUACUUUAGGCUCCGAGUUCUUUUUUUUUAUGGUGAAAUUAUUCUUCGCCACUAGUGGCAACAAAGUUCUUGGUAAUUAGCAAGGGGGAAGGAAGAUCUCCACUCAUUUCAUUCAUUCAGUGCCUGCGGUGAGGCGCGACCCACAACAAACGAAGGGGGAAAGCUUGCUUUGCUUGCCUUAGCCCUAUUUUGAGGCUUGGUAAGCGUAAGCUAUUGUUGUAGGCUCGAGAAGGGUAGGCUCGCAGCUUCGCUCAGCAGAAGAGCCUGACUUUCUAUUAGUCAAGCGCUAGCGCCCAACCGGGCUUUUAAGGGAUAGGGAAAGGGAAGAAAAGAAAGAUGGUCACUCCUUUUAGGAACAUGGCUCGUUCAUUCACUUGCUCAUGAACUCGCAGCUUCGCCAGAAGCUACGAAGGGGGGCCUCGGCCCGGGAAGGGGAGAGUGGCCGAGUGGUCAAAAGCGACAGACUGUAAAUCUGUUGAAGUUUUUCUACGUAGGUUCGAAUCCUGCCUCUCCCACUUGUUUGUUGUAGACUUCAGAGAAGAGAAAAGAGGCAUUCGUCAGCGUAGGAAGGCCAACCGAGCGAAGCUCCUUUGGCCGUUCCGUGAAGUUCAAUUGUAUCGUAUGUUAGUUAGAGAGCUACUACGAUCUAUAGAUUCCCCAUCCAUAUCCAAUCCCAACGAGAAUAGAAGCGAGUAGCUUCCGGCUUGGCUUGUAGUCGUAGUCUUUUAGCUUAUAUAGUCGUCGGCCUUCCUACACGCACGCGCCCGCCAGAAUGCCUCCUUGGUUCGGUAUGAAGCCAAGCCGAUACAUACGAUAGGCGAAGGAAAAGACCCCCAUUUCAUAGCGCCUGGGGAACGCAAGUUUGAUCGAGGAUUGGAGAGGAGAGGUGGAAGAAAAGGCUCGGGAUGAAUUUAGGAGUCUUUGUGCGAGCCGUAUGCGGUGAGAGUCGCACGUACGGUAACGAGGGGGGUUCGUGUCUAUACGUGUAGUGUGGUGGUUGGGCCUACCCAUCCUAUUUGUUCCAUGAUCUAUGGGUCUACUGGAGCUACCCACUUUGAUCAAUUAGCCAAGAUUUUGACCGGAUACGAAAUCACUGGUGCUCGAUCUAGUGGUAUUUUUAUGGGGAUUCUCUCUAUCGCUGUAGGAUCCCUAUUCAAGAUCACUGCAGUUCCUUUUCGGGCGGCUGUAGGACGGACGGCCGCCUAUAGGUGGUAGGGUAGGGUGGGUGGUACCGCUCAGAUUGCGGCCAAUCUUCCUAACCGCGCGCGGGCCGGGCUUAGAGCACGUGAAACUCAUCACUACCUCGUAAGGGCAUUGAGACCAUAGCAUGUUACACGAAAGCGCCACUUUCUCUGUAGUAUUGUCAUACAGCUGCCCGCCUAGAAGAGCCACUCGCUCUGUAGUGUUGUCACACAAGAUAAGCACGCCACCCGCCUGCUGGCCGGGUGAAUCUAAGUUCUCUUCCGGUCAACUGUCCACCCAGUCAAGUGCAAAAAAACACAGUAGAAUCACGCAACGCACGCUGCUGGUGUGCUUCCUGCUCGCGAGGAAAGAAAGAAGAGCGACAAGGUUAAGUUCAGAUUUGACUGUUUGCAGCAUGGGAGCAGAUUACCCAAAAAAUACCUAGGAACAAUGAAAAAACAAAAAAAGAUAUCUCGGUAACGAAAACUAUAGGGGGCUGUAUUGGCGAGAUCCAACGGUGAACAGCUGCCCAAAAGAAAAACCGCCUGGAAGUCCGAGGACCUUUAGUAUUGUACUCUACCCCCGAACCAGCAGCCUUCGUGCCAAGCAAGACCGCCCUUGUCCCUUUCCUUUCUCCAUUCCGCCUCCUUCUUUGCUUUGUUCCAAUAGAGUCUAAGGCAAAGCUAAACUGGUUCGUAUGCCUACUUUACCUACUUGACGAAAGGGAACGAACUUCGUUUCGUUUCCGGGUUUAUGGAUUGGAUUCAGUCAGCCUCACUCCUUCCUUUUUAUGUUGUCGUGAUGGUUACCAGCGAACGCUCCCAAAGGCGACCCUCUCGAGUUUCCGGCUGUUUUCUAGAUUGAAGUAGCCUUUCGUCGCCCCGAAAGAAGUCACUAUCAAAGAGCUCGCCCUACUGAAGUACCAAAGGUGCGCUCAACCCGGUGACUAAGAAAUGGGUUUGCGCUUGAAUUGAAGUGAUGAGGUUUUUCGAGGGAAGUAGGGCUCUUAUUGACUAAAAGUGGGUUCUUCGCUUUCCAUUAGAAUGAAAGUUGCUAUGAAGCCCCUACUACUUACUUUGUUUGAUUCAAAAGGCGAACGGCCCCCCAACAAGUCGUAUGGGGUGGGGUGCUUGUGAUAAGCUGCCUUGGAUAUGAGGAAUUCUAAAAAAACAAAAAAAGGAAAAGUCCGGUAUUUGACGAAGAUCUUUCUAUCAAUAGAUAGGAAUGAGUGUUCGAUAUAGGGGAUAGAAUCCAUCUGCUCUUUCUCUCUCCAUUUUUCUUCCCCUCUAACGCGGGCCGGACGGCGGCGGGCACGGGAGGAAGAAAGCUAAGAGAAGACGCUCUUCUCUUAGGUACUUUUUUUCAGUCCAGGAAAGCGCUCUCUUUUUGUCAUCCCUGCUGCUUUCCUUUCCAGAUUUUUUAUUGAACGCAUGGCGUAGCUAGGACCCUUCAAAUAAUGUUUGAGCCUAUGUUCAAACCAAACAAACCCACCUCCUAUUUGGAUUUGAGUCAGGCUGGAAAGAAUGCCCGCCAAGUUCAGAUAAGGGAAUGCUUCCCCCAACCAUUAAAGGAAAGGCUCGACGAAGGGAGGGAGAUGCGGCGGGGGAAGGAAAAGGCUUUCGGAGAUCGAUAUUUUCUUUCUUUUUCAUCGAAAACGAAGAAGGCCGAGGAUGGCCUACGGUGCGUCUUAUCUGAAGGUAACACGCUUUUUCGACCGCGGGGUGGUAUGAUUGUCGGGCCCUCUCCUCGCUGGCCUAUUGGGAUAACAGCCUUCGGGCUUUGCCUGCCCUUUCUAAUAAAGAAUUCUGGCUCGGCCCGGGAAAGCGCUGGCAACAACAGAAAGGAAGGGGUCCAUGUAGCUGCUGCGCUCGCCCCCCUCUUAGUCAAUGGGGCAGUAGGUUUGGCAUCUACUACAAAAGAGAGAAUCCACUUUAGAUAACCACGCCUCUGCUAGGCAGCGUGUGGAAUGGCCGAGAGCGGACCUUAUUGGAUAUAUAAUCCAAGUCGAGAGUAGAGUUACGGGAACAGCCGUCUAAUGGAAAAUGACUUUCACGUUCGGUUCAGAGAGCACUUUUUUCAUUGAGAAUUCCUCGUUCCCUCUCGAUAGACCAGCGGCGAAUUCAAAACUUGUGGGGCCCUAUCUAUUCCAUCUCUCGAGCCCCGAAGAAAACCCCCUCCCCUUCGGAUUCCAUAUCUCUUUUGACUCUAUAUAUGUGGGCACCUGAUAUCUAUGAGGGUUCACCCACCCCGGCUACAACAUUCCUUUCUAUUGCGCCUAAAAUCUCUAUUUCUGCUAAUAUUUCACGUCUUUCUAUUUAUGGUUCUUAUGGAGCUACAUUGCAACAAAUCUUCUUUUUCUGCAGCAUUGCUUCUAUGAUCUUAGGAGCGCUGGCCGCCAUGGCCCAAACGAAAGUAAAAAGACUUCUAGCUCAUAGUUCAAUUGGACAUGUAGGUUAUAUUCGUACUGGUUUCUCAUGUGGAACCAUAGAAGGAAUUCAAUCACUACUAAUUGGUAUCUUUAUUUAUGCAUCAAUGACGAUAGAUGCAUUCACCAUAGUUUCAGCAUUACGGCAAAGCCGUGUCAAAGAUAUAGCGGAUUUGGGCGCUCUAGCCAAAACGAAUCCUAUUUCGGCUAUUACCUUCUCCAUUACUAUGUUCUCAUACGCAGGAAUACCCCCGUUAGCCGGCUUUUGUAGCAAAUUCUAUUUGUUCUUCGCUGCUUUGGGUUGUGGGGCUUACUUCCUAGCCCUAGUGGGAGUAGUGACUAGCGUUAUAGGUCGUUGGGCGGCCGGAAGGUUGCCACGAGUAAGUCAGUUUGGGGGACCGAAGGCAGUUCUCCGUGGACCGGACACGUAGCUUAUCGAAUCAGUUGCGACACGGAUGGGAAUGCAUGCUACGAAAGAGAGGGUCGAGUCUGAUACAUCAACCGUCUACUCAAUAUCCUUGUACGAGUCCACAAUCACUACACGAGAUGAACCUUGGUUAGGUGAAUUGAAGUUGGCCUUAGGUGUAAUAGGACUCCCAGUUACUAUACGCGAUCGUCUACUGAGGUGCUCCCCGCCGGUUGUUGGAACGAUGUGAGCCGGGCCGGUUCUCGAUUCAGAAAGAUGAAGGGCCGAAAAGUCUAAAUAGGGAGUUAUAAAUUCCCCAUCUCAUUGGGGGCGGAAAACGAAUCGACAUCUCGAUGUGAUACAGCCUUUUCUAUUUUAGUUGGGAAAGAACGGCGAAGUCCAUCCGAACCGUCCAAUGAAGAAUAAGAGGAGAGCAAAGCGCCAAUGGCGCGCGAAGCGCAUGCGGAACGGGCACGGAGAAGAGGAAGUUUGGAGGAGAAGCAGCCGAGCUCAUUCCCUUCGCUUCCUGGGCCCAAAGCAUUGUAGUCUUUCCUGGCCAAAUCAAGGAUUUGGGGCUUCUUGCUACGCUACUUCACUAGAAAAAUACUUUUUUAGUAAUAUAUAUAAAUAGAAAGAUAGAUCCAUCCAUCUAUCCUAUCCGAUUUCUAUUUUGAUAUCGAAAAAGAAUCUAUUUCAUUCAACGUUUGAUUCAAAGAACUGUGCUUAGCCCUCCCCCGCUCAUGAAAGGGCUCUGCUGCAAUGGAUGGCAGAGGGUCCGUAGUACUCGAAGCACUGGAGUGAUCCAGUAGCCGGGAAGGGGCCUAGAAGUGCCUACUACUACACCACACUACACUUGGCUCUACACAUUUACAGAGCUAACCCCUAUCCAGUGCCUGGCAGAGCUAAGGGGGCUUCAAUCCUUACUCUUUAUCCUCAUCUUCGCCCAGGCUAACGAGGCCUUACUUAUUCAGGGGGGAGAGUGGAGCCUCGAGAAGCACUGUUGAGAGGAAGAUCUUUAGCCCCUCUUCAUUCUCUAUAGGGUUCUAAACCUUUCUUCAACAUAGGUGACAAGGAGCGAGGCCGCGAUGGAAGAGAUCAAACACGGGAAUAAGAAGUAAUUCCAUUACCUUUUUUUCCAUUUUUAUAGAGGGGGAUGGAGAAAGUGGACAAAACAGACUCGUAUUUCUCAUCGAACAAAUACAGGAAAAGAAUCAUAUUGAAAACGCUCCUAACCCAAGCCCUUCCUUCGUAGAGCCAUGUAUUGUAAGUGAUCCGAACCUGCCCGGAGCGAGCCCCCAUAGAGGCAAGUGAAGUUGGUGAGCCGUAUGAUGGGCAACUAUCUCCUGCGGUUCGGAGAGGACUCAGCUGUUAUUAGUACCCCCUUGGUUUCGGGGUGGACCCUUUCACUCUAUUUUAUUAUAUACGCUUAGUGAAAAGAAUGUUUUUUGAUACACCUAGGACAUGGAUUCUAUAUGAACCAAUGGAUCGUGACAAGUCGUUACUACUAGCAAUGACUUCCUCUUUCAUUACUUCAUUCUUUCCAUAUCCCUCUCCUUUGUUCUCAGUUACUCAUCAAAUGGCACUCAGUUCAUAUCUUUAAUUUAAGUUCGAUCAUUGACAAGGUUCAAAGAAAGGGUGG